AUGUCGAGCUCGGCACAAACCAGAACAGUUCGGCUGACUGUCAUUGCAGCUGAUGGCCUUGUCAAGAAGGACUUGUUUUUCAAAUUACCAGACCCAUUCGCUGUUGUUACCGUGGAUGGCGAGCAAACCCAUACGACCACCGUCAUGAAAAAGACACUGAACCCGUAUUGGAACGAGAGCUUUGACCUCCAAGUGACCAACCAAAGUGUGAUUGCAGUUCAAGUGUUUGAUCAGAAAAAGUUCAAAAAGAAGGAUCAAGGUUUCUUGGGUGUCAUUAACGUCCAAGUUGGCAAUGUCUUUGACUUGGAUAUUGGUGAAAUGUUGACUCUUGAUCUCAAAAAAUCCAAUGCGAAUGAAACAGUCCAUGGCAAACUUAUUCUCAACAUCACUACAAACAUCAAUGCUCCCAUCCGUAACGGCACAAAUACCCUCGUCCCCGGCACAAAUUCCCAAACCAAUGCAUCCAGCAGCUCUCUUAUCACAAACGAUCUUUCAUCACGCAACACAUCUCCUACAACUGCAGCUGCAGCUACCAAUAGUUCAACAACAGCAAAUGCCACCAAUACAGCUACUCCAGCAACCGCUGCUACUUCUACUACUCCUCCUACAGCAGCAGCAGCAGGAGCAGCAUCCUCUUCCUCCGCAUCAGCUAAUGCCAACCAAGACGAUCGAAAUGAUUUACCACCAGGAUGGGAAAGACGUGUGGAUCAUCUUGGUCGACCUUACUAUGUGGAUCACAAUACAAGAACAACCACUUGGAAACGCCCAUCAGCACGUAGUGCACAAGAACAUCAACAGCAAACCGAAAUGGAACGUCAGCGGCAUAAUGCGCGUGGUCUUCCCGAAACAGCAGCAACAGCAGCAGCAGCAUCUUCGAAUAGCAACACGCAGGAUAAUCAAACACAGCCUCCAUCUGCUACUACUACAACACCAUCAGCGGCUGGCGCUUCGGCAUCAUCAAGUGCUACUGCCAAUCGAUCAUCACAAGCCAAUCCCAAUGUGAUGGCGUUGCAACAUAAUAUGACAACUGCUGGAUCAGGUCCACUCCCACCUGGAUGGGAAAUGCGUACGACACCUGAAGGUCGACCCUACUUUGUGGAUCACAAUACACGAACAACGACGUGGGUGGAUCCUCGACGACAACAAUACAUCAGCACUAUUGGUCCUGGAUCCAAUCUUCAAGUUCAGGUACAACCCGUGUCACAGCUUGGUCCAUUGCCAUCAGGAUGGGAAAUGCGUCUUACCAGCACAGGAAGAGUCUACUUUGUGGAUCAUAAUACCAAAACAACCACGUGGGAUGAUCCGAGAUUGCCGAGUAGCCUUGAUCAAAAUGUGCCCCAAUACAAGCGUGAUUUCCGUCGUAAGCUCAUCUACUUCCGCUCACAACCUGCAUUGCGUCCUGUACCUGGUCAAUGUCAUAUCAAGGUGCGUCGUGAACAUAUUUUCGAAGAUGCCUAUGCAGAAAUUAUGCGUCAAGCCCCUGCCGAUCUUCGAAAGCGUCUCAUGAUCAAGUUUGAUGGAGAAGAUGGUUUGGAUUAUGGUGGUCUUUCCAGAGAAUUCUUCUUUUUGCUUUCACACGAAAUGUUCAAUCCAUUCUACUGCUUGUUUGAGUACUCGGCUCAUGACAAUUACACGCUUCAAAUCAACCCCCACUCUGGAAUCAACCCCGAGCAUCUCAACUACUUUAGAUUCAUUGGUCGCGUUGUUGGUUUGGCUAUCUUCCAUCGUCGUUUCUUGGAUGCCUUCUUUAUCGUAUCAUUCUACAAGAACAUCCUCAACAAAAAGGUCACAGUGGGCGACAUGGAAAGUGUAGAUGCUGAUUUCCACCGAAGCUUGCAAUGGAUCCUUGACAAUGACAUCACCGAUGUUUUGGAUCUCACCUUCUCUACUGAUGAUGAUCGCUUUGGUGAAGUGGUCACUGUUGAUCUCAAGCCUGGAGGUCGUGACAUUGAAGUAACCGAAGAGAACAAAAAGGAGUAUAUCAACCUUAUCACAGAAUGGCGUAUCUCCAAGCGUGUUGAAGAACAAUUCAAGGCCUUCAAGGAAGGUUUCAACCAGCUCAUUCCUCAAGAUUUGGUCAAUGUGUUUGAUGAACGUGAACUUGAGUUGUUGAUUGGUGGUAUUGCCGAGAUUGAUGUGGAUGAUUGGAAGAAGCAUACCGAUUACCGUGGCUACACAGAGCAGGAUGAUGUAAUCCAAUGGUUCUGGAAGUGCGUUCGCUCCUGGGAUAGUGAAAAGAAAUCUCGACUUUUGCAAUUCACAACUGGCACUUCACGUAUACCUGUCAAUGGAUUUAAGGAUCUCCAAGGUAGUGAUGGUCCUCGCCGCUUCACCAUUGAAAAGGCGGGAGAAGUUACACAAUUACCCAAGGCGCACACAUGUUUCAAUCGUAUCGACAUGCCCCCUUACAAAUCGUAUGACGCCCUCGUGGCCAAGUUGACACUUGCCGUGGAGGAAACACUUGGUUUUGGUCAAGAGUAG